GCCCGUGUUCGUUCCAGCUGAGCGGAGGGCUCUCGGCGGCUCGAGCGCAAGCCGUGCUUCAACACACACUCAGAGAAAACUCAGGAGAGAGGGGGCACUACAGAAAAAACGUGAGAAGGACUGUAAGGGAAAAAAGAGAAACAAAUACUAGUCCACCAAUUGCUGCGUCGCUGCAACCACCUCGGUUACUCUUUGUUGACAUUUUUACUGGACAGUUUUGCUUCUUUUCCUAUUCUACGUUCUGUGUUCUGUGUCUUUUUUCUUACCAGAGAGCUUACAUUUUGACAUAGCUAUUCGAAUAACUAUUUGCUGUGGCGUUAGUUUAAUACAGUAUCCGGCUUUUUGCUGUCAUUGGAGUGGGAGCUGAACCGCCUAUCCUAGUUCAUUCGUUUUUUCACUCUUCAGAUCCUGUUUGGAAGUGGUCAAGGGGUAAUUCAGUCGCACUGUUGGGAUCUUUACUUGCACCGUAUGGAGUUCUAUCCGCUUUUUAUUUUUAAAAUGAAUAAUUUGGCUGAAAUUGUAUCUUCAUUCAUCUUGAAGUUCUGAACACGUCACUCAGCUCAACUCGGCGCCCUCCAGCGAGCGAUCCCUGGAGAUUUCGACUUGGCUACAGGGUGAUGUCCAGGCAGAUUUCGCAGAUUCUUCCUCCGGACACUCACCACGCUCCUGGAGCCAGUCCUCAAUUUGGAAGUUGUAGCCAGUUCUCGUACUCUCACAGCAACGGCCAUUUCCACUCUGGGAUCAACCUGAAAACUCAUUCUGUGAAAAGUGACCCACGCAAAGACACUGAAAUGAAAGACAAGGACCGCACUCUGGACCUGGACGAAGACUCCAUGGGCCGCUGUUCCAUGCGGAGCAGCAGCACGAGCAGCAGUAACGGCAGCGGGCCGAACAGCAACAACAACAAUGGCGGCAGCAGCGGCAGUGAGGGCAGCGGCAACAGCAACGGCAGCUUCUCCAACUCCGGCUUCCUGGGCCCGCUCAUGUGGGAGCGCUCGAUGCCGUCCGACGGCGGCCUGUUCCAGCUGCAGUACAUGGACCUGGAGGAGUUCCUGACGGAGAACGGCAUGGGCUCGGGCAACGGCUGUUCCAGCAGCGCCGCCCAGGUGCCCUCGCACAACUCGCAGUCGGCCGUGCCCAACCAGAGCUCGCAGUGCCCCACCACCUCGCCGCUGCCCUGCUCCUCCGCCUCCUCCGUCUCCUCCACGUCCUCCUCCGCCUCCUCGUCGCCCACGCUGCUGGGGCUGGACAAUAUGCAGGGCCCCCCCGGCUUGCUGGGCGCGCCGGACUGUUUGCACGGAGGCCAUGGCGGUAACAUGGACCCCAACCUGUCCCCGUCGCCGUCCUCCUGCGGCCCCAUGACCACGCCGGCCUCCACCGACGGCUCGGACAUCAUGGGCAGCUUCGACACGGACCAGGGGGACCUGGCACUGGCCACCGUCCCCGGCCAGGACGCCUUCGACCCGCACAGCCACCGCUUCAGCGAAGACGAGCUCAAACCGCAGCCCAUGAUCAAGAAGGCACGCAAGAUGAUGGUGCCGGAGGACCUCAAGGUUAGUACUAAAAAGGACGACAAGUACUGGUCGCGCCGCCACAAGAACAACGAGGCGGCUAAGCGUUCGCGCGACGCGCGGCGGCUGAAGGAGAACCAGAUCGCGGUGCGCGCCUCCUUCCUGGAGCGCGAGAACCAGGCGCUGAGGCAGGAGGUGGCCGACAUGCGCAAGGAGCUGAGCCGCUGCCGCAACCUCCUCAACAAGUACGAAGAGCAGUGAGCACUGCGGAAGAGGAGACACCAAGAGGAGGAGGAGGAGAGGAGGAGGAGGAGGACCUUACGAGCAGCCACUGAGCUGUUGAAUGAUUGAAUGUUUUGGAAGAUGGCAAAGAAGAAAAGACAAAGAAGAAAAUGAACUGAUUUAACUGGGACAUUUGUGGAUGGAUGGGUGGAUGGAUGGAUGGAUGGAUGAUGGAUGCAAUGGAUGGGAAAAGAUCAGAGGGAGUUCAAGAAAAAGAGAUUGCCGCAAAAAUCUUCAGGAGAGUAGAAAUAAGGCGCGAUGGAAACAGUCGAAGCUGGCAGGGGGGAAGAUCUAAGGAAAGAGAUAUAUAGAGAAAAAUUAAACAGCAGGUAUAUCUGUUCUUUUUCUUCGGUAGUGUGAUUUUAGACUGUUGAGAAAUGAAUUUUGGUAUUGGACAGAUCUGUAUAUUUUUAUAUGAUAGAUAUAAAAAAGAUAGGGGAAUGAAGCUAAUUUUGGAAAUAAUUUUUGUACAUUUGUAUAUUUUUGUAUAUUUUUAUAUUUGUUAGAUGGAGAAAGAUUAUGGAUUUAUAAAUAAGAUCUGUGUAUAAUAGAAUAAUGGUAUAUUAACAACGGUCAGCACAGCGGUCAGCAGAGCUGUGGGAACCGGAAGGAGACACGAGGGUGUCAGGAGAGAAACGGGCAGAUCAUCAUCAGCGUCAGAUGGGACAAGACUGUAAAAUAAUGGGGCGAAAACACACACUCUCUCUCUCUCACACACACACACACACACACACUCAUGACUUUAAAUUGUAUAGUUGCAUUCAUUUACUCUCCGAAUCCCUAACAUUUUUGUUAUAUAUCUCUUGAGGAGGGUGUCACUCAGCUCAGCGAGUAGAAGGAUGAGGGGAAAAAGGCAAUACAAAAAGAGAUAGUGAGAGAGAGAUGGACGGAGAAAGAGACAACAUAGGCUACAGAUACAGAGGUUUUAUAUCGUGUGGAGAAGAUCACUCACUUUUCUUUAAAGAUGUCUGAUGGAAUUUCUUUUUUUUCUGGGUAAUUCAGUGGCUCCUUUGAUGAGAGAAAGAUAAGAUUUGCAUAUGAUGAAUGGGCAUAUUGAUGUUAUUUAAGCCCCUUGUGUUUCGGUUCCUUAUUCCGUUUCCUUUAAAAUAUCUAUCACUUGCUCUAUCAAAAGCCUAUUUUUCCUAUUUCUAAAGCUUACGGUAUCUGGAGUAGUGGAGGCUGUUGUAGUCACUACUGUCUUCUUCUCUUUUGUUUUUGUGUUAAUGGCACCUACAGUAGUAGAGCAGUGCAAUCCUCAGAACAAGUGGUUCCUUUAUUAUUAGACCAUCACACACACAGACACACACACACACACACACACACACACACACACACACACACACACACACACACACGCACACACACACCUACACACACACACACACACACACACACACACACACACACACACACACACACACACACACACACACAAACAAGGUAUAUUCAUUCAUCAUUACCCUUGACUUAUUUUGGGAAAAAAUAUUGUUUAUUCUUAAUGCAAUGCUCUCACAAUACCAAAACAAGUCUCUGUGUUUCAAUAUGCGGAUAUACUUUGUGCAUUUGGGGACUCUGUGAGGGCCUAUUUUAUGUAUAAACAAACAUCCCAUGUUUAUUCUUCAGGGCAGCAUCUUUAUAGCGAUAGAAGUGAAUGAAGCAAACUACCCUCCACUUUGCUUGCAAAUGUGGUGUAUACAUGAGAAAUAAAAUGUGAUGGGUGGGAAUCUUCCAGUUAAGUCUGUAAUGUCUUCAUCUCCUCUGACUAGUUUUUAAGAAAAAAUAAUUGAUGUUACUAUAAAUUAUUAUUGUUAAGAUUAUAAUCUGUCAUUGUUAUCACUUUAAAAAUGAUGGUUUUGCUCACUAUAUGUUUCUUUAAAAGCUUUCCUGAUAAAAAAAGAGAUUGCAGUUUCUCCCUACUGUUUCAGAGUUUAUACUGUAUGUCAUAUCCUGUUUGUUAAUGGCAGGCCCUUUCGCACACCUCUGCCACUUCUGUGAAGACCCUCCGACAGAGUGUUCAAAUACCCUUGUGGAUUUGUCACCUCCAUGAAAUGUGUUUGAGAAUCACAGACUCUCUCUCUCUCUCUUGACCUACCCGGACACCGCCUUGGGCUUGUCCCUGGCCCUUACCCUCUCUUCUGGGUGUGGACAUAAAAGAUAGAUGCACGCCUGAGAACAUUUGAGAACAAACUCUCAUCAGACUUGAUUGAUCUAUUUUGCAUCUAUUCCAGCAGCACACUGCAGAUUGUUGUUCUUUUUUUUCAUUUGUUGUUUGCAGCCUUUUUCCAAUCAGUGGCGGUAAUGCUAUCCCAACUGGAUUGUGGGUAAUGUUGUCCCUUUUUUGCCCCCAACCCUCCAACGAACGUGGAUGAUUUAUGUACAUCUUCUAUUAUUUGUGUCUCUUAUCUGCACUGCAACUACUGAACUACUUCAGUGGUGACCACUGUUCCUAGCCAAGGAGUGUUGUAGUGAGAAUUUCAGAGAACACGAAAAUAAAAAAAGAAAAUGUUCUUACUCAA